UCCUCUCACGCCGUUGGCAACACGUCUGCUGUUCUUUCGACCAUGCCGCUCCGGACCGUCGCUCUCCUGCUACUCCUUUGUGUGUCUGUGGGGGUGUGUGCCACGCUGGGCAACUACCAGUCGACAACACAGCAGGACAACGCUCCUGCGGACCUGAACAACAAACUCGCUGAAGUACUACCGAACAGAACUCCCGAAGCGGUCGAACGGCCGGGAGAAAGAAGCCGAGAUGUGGAUGCCCAACGUCGGCCUUCUCGGGAUGAAGAAGUGGAGGGGGACAACAACGAGAUUGAGACAGUCCAAAUGAACAUUUCAGCAGCACUUGGCGAAAACGAGAGAACCUGGAGCCUCUUGUCAGUUAGAAACAGUUUCCAAAUGAUUCACGGCUACUUUGACUCCCUGGUAGAGCUGGUGGGGGGUCACAACGGCAUUUGUCAAUAUCGCUGCAGAUAUGGAGAACGGCCUCAGCCUCGUCCUGACUAUCAGCACCAAGAGCCCAAUGGCUGCAGCUCUUCCAUGGUGGGAUUCCAGCUUGAUCUAGGCAUCCCUGCCAUGACCGAGUGCUGUAACCAGCUUGAUGUGUGCUACGACAGCUGCGGCAUCAACAAGUACGACUGUGACACCAAAUUCCGCUCUUGUUUCCGCAACAUUUGCGCUGACCUCAAGAGGAGUCUCGGCUUUGUGUCCAAAGUACAAGCCUGCGAGUCAAUGGCAGAUGCCCUGUACAACACGGUGUGGACUCUUGGAUGCCGGCCUUAUAUGAACAGCCAGAGGGCAGCAUGUGUUUGUGAAGGAGAGGAGCGGGAUGAACUGUGACACUGGCCAACAUGGACAACUUUUGCACUAAUUACAGAAAAAAAAAAUGCAAAGUCAGUUUUGCAUGUAUUAAGAUAUUUCAGAGAAUGGAAGAGAGAUGUGACAGAGGCCAAACCGAAGGCCAAUAUUUGGCCAUUACAACAAAUAAGGGAUAACGGAAUGUGCAUUUCUACUCCUCCAAAUGCAUUUAUGUUCAGGACAAUUCUUAGGCCUGCAUAACUCCAUUCACAUUCUUUUUUCUUAAGACUCCAAACAAAUGAAGUGUUCUGUGGACACCAAAAACUAAAAACACUCUACAGGCUAGUUGUGCUAAAAAUGUGAGUCAAUAUAAUUUAUUUGUAUUUAUGAACGUAAGAGGAACUGCCUCCCAUAUACACUCACCAGCCACAGGAUUAGGUACAACGCAAUAUAUGUAUUAUCAAAUGAAAAUUUUACAAUCAUAAUGAUAAAAAUAAUCAUCUUCUUAUAAUUUACAGUAAUUUACAACUUCGGCAAUAAAUGCCCCUUAGUU